CGGACAUCCGGAUAUGACCAACUCUGAUCGUUGGGUCGCGCUUCACAGCUUGGCGAUGCCGCCGUCGACACCGAUGCACCGCCUCGCGCUCCUGCGCGAGUGGCUUCAGCCGGUGACAUCAUCGCCCAAGCUCCACGAGCUCACGUUUGAGACGCUAGCGAUCACAUCAUCGCUUCAUGAUGGCCCAAGCACCAGUGGCAACGCCGGUGUCCAAAACGGAGUUCUGUACGUCCGGCUGCACCGCCCCACAAAGCUCAACGCGUUCGACAUGCAAAUGUGGCACGAGCUCGAGAUGCUGUUUGCGGCCAUCGAGCACACGCCCGAGGUGCGUGCGGUUGUCGUCCGCGGCGAGGGCCGGGGCUUCUCAUCGGGCAUGGACCUCGGCGUCUUUGCUGCCAUGCAAGAGCUCAUGACGUCGUUUGACUGCGACGGCCGGAAGCGCGAGGCGCUUCUCCGCAUCGUUGAUCGCUUCCAGCGCAUCAUCUCGGCGCCCGAGCGCUGCCGCGUGCCUGUCAUUGCCGCCGUCCAUGGUAGCUGCAUCGGCGGAGCCGUCGACUUUGUUACGGCCUGCGACAUUCGCCUCUGCGAUGCGAGCGCCGAGUUUAGCGUCAAGGAGGUCGACCUUGCGAUCGUGGCCGACGUCGGUACGCUCCAGCGACUGCCCAAACUUGUCGGCGAGCAGCGGGCCAAGGAGCUUGCGUACACGGGCCGAGCUUUCUGUGGUGUCGAGGCCGAGUCCAUGGGCCUCGUUCUCAAGAGCUACGCAGAUUCGACUCUACUCUUUGAACACGCGACGGUGCUUGCAGCGACGAUCGCAAGCAAGAGUCCACUCACAGUCCGAGGUGUCAAAACUGCGAUUCAGUACCAGCGCGACCACUCGACCCAAGACGCGCUCGACCAAGUUCGGCUGUGGAACGCCGCGAUGCUUCAUAGCGCCGACUUGACCGAGGCCAUGACGGCCAUCGCCAUGCGCAAAUCGCCAACGUACCAAGACUAAUUUUUGGCUAAACAUUGGACAAUAAGAAGGCCUUGUGAACGAGUGGGUG